AUGGGCAUUGUCAGUAGCAGACCCGAAGACGGGCCCUCUCUGUACCUGAGAGACCAGAAUCGACUCUCGAUCACCUCUCUCGUUGUCACAAGCCCGCGCAAGCGAUCAUCUAUUAGCGUCGUUCCCAAUGCAUUCCCCGCCACGAGGCUCUCCGUCUCCCAACUUACUGGCGAUGGUGUGCCUGUUGAGUUUGUUCAGGACCCAGAGAUACCUGCCACUGGAGGUCCGCCUGGCUUCCUGCUCAAGCUCACCAACGACGACGAGCUCAUCUUCACCUUCACCUUUGUAAUGCGCCAGUCACAGUCGACCGUGCAGCCUGGGUCGAUGCCUACGGAUUCCCAGCCUUCAGCAACUGACACGAGCGUGUCUGGUCUGACGUACGUCUACGGCUCCAGCCCUCGAGAAGUCGAGAACCUCGUCACGCGAGAAUUUCAAGCCGAUCCCAAUCUACACAAAAACGCCAACGUCGAGCUAGUGGGGGACUAUACUACCAACGGAAGCCCUUCAGUAUCAUUCGAAUGGACGUGGAAGUGGAAACCGCCCAGAACAACAGAAGAUAGAGGAGGGGGCUGGAGAAACUUUUGCAGUUUUGUGGAGUAUGACUCUCGUGCUCACAGACUGCUCGCUCUUGCAAGCUUCUCCUACUUUGUCGCCGCGGACGAGCCAGUGUCGCCGCUGGUCGGCGCGCACGAUCAUAGUUUGAUGCUCCCUACAUUCGCUGGAAGUGCAGCAAAGGAACCUGUCAAGGUAGACGUCCCAUGCCCCAAACCAGGCGACGACAUGGCUGUGGGUGACGACGGGCCUGUCUUCCGUGCGACCCUAAAAGCUCUCGAGCAAAAGAACGGAAAUUUGCGCCUGCAGAUGAAAAAGGUACUGAAAAGGGCGGAACAGGCGCAUUACGCGCAGACCGAGGCAAACGAUGCUCUUGCCGCGUUCAUCGACGCUUUACGCGAAGCCUCUGCCACGAACGCCAAUGCUGUGCAACCAGCUGUUGAGCAUUACUUUGAUAAGAUUGCGCGGGAGAUUCUCUCAUACCAGCGCUCGAAUAACAAUAACCUCCAAAGAAUCAUUAUCGAUCCCAUGACAAAGCUUUAUCAGGUCGAUAUCAAGCAGGCAGAGGCAAAGCGUCGCGAAUUCGAUGAAGAGAGCAAAGACUAUUACAGUUACAUGUCGCGCUAUCUAGGUCAGCGUCAGGAUUCGGUCAAGGCUAAGAAGCUCGCCGACAGCGACUCGAAAUAUCAGAGCAAACGACGGACGUUUGAACUCAAGCGCUUCGACUACUCCAGCUUCAUGCAAGACCUUCAUGGGGGACGGAAAGAGCAAGAAGUGCUCUCUCAUCUCACCAAAUACGCGGACUCUCAGUCCAAGGGUUUCUUGGAUGCCGCCAAGAAGGUGGAGGCCCUCCUACCAGAGCUCGAGGCAUUGUCGAGCGAAGUCAUGGACGCGGACAAGGAGUACCAGUACCAGAGGCGCGAGCGCGAGGAGAAACGCCGUCUGCUAGAAAAGGGCAACACUCCUUAUCUGGAGCCUUCUGAAGCCACGACGUCCAACACCUACACGAUCCCGACUGCGGCGAAUGGUACGUCCCACCAGAACAGUGGAAACACCAGUACUUCGGACACAGAGCUGGGUCGCGCAGACAGCACUGGCUCACAACUGAGGAGCGUGCCCGCCGGUGGCCCUAAUCAUCCCGGCGAUCCUUAUGGAGCGGAAUUGUCAAGGUCACCUGGGAGUUUGGGCCAAGGCGCGACGUCGGGCUCUAAAUUUAAGGGGAUACGCGACCUCGAGGAGCGUCACGAGAGCUCCAACGCAGGAGUCACUCAACGCAAGGAAGGACUUCUCUGGGCGCUUGGACGCUCGAGCGGCCAUGUCGACCCUCGCAGUCUGAGUGGACAAGGCUGGCAUAAGUUCUGGAUUGUCCUCGACCAGGGUAAGCUUUCUGAGUACAGCAAUUGGAAACAAAGGCUGGAUCUGCAUACCGAGCCAAUUGACCUUCGCAUGGCAUCCGUCCGCGAAGCACGGAACCAGGAGAGAAGGUUCUGCUUUGAAGUUAUUACCCCAAACUCAAAGCGCGUCUACCAAGCCACAUCGGAAGAGGACAUGAACACCUGGAUUGUGUCCAUCAACAAUGCCCUCCAGAGCGCGAUGGAAGGUCGAAGUUACUCGGAGAAGCCAGGAAGCGGCGGCAAAUCUGGGGUCGAGUCGUCACUGAGGAGAGAUAUUGGUUCUGUCCUUACAGGCAAGUCACAGUCGCUCAGUCACGGUCAUCAUCAUGGGCACCACCAGCACUCGAGCUCGGGCAGCGGAAUGCCUGUCCGCAGAACCACAGUCGGUGCUAGACCGCAGGCAGUGCGAACCACAAGCUCUGGCUACGAGGAGACCCCCGACAGGCUGCUGAAGAUGGUCCGCGACUGCGAUCAGGGCAACACGUGGUGCGCCGACUGCGGAUCUGGGUCCAAGGUCGAGUGGGUUUCCAUCAAUCUCGGCAUCAUCCUGUGCAUCGAGUGCAGCGGCAUUCAUCGGUCGUUGGGGACGCACAUCAGCAAGGUUCGGUCUUUGACUCUGGACAUCAAAUCGUUCACCGUCGAUAUUGUCGAGUUGUUGCUACUGAUCGGCAACCGCGUGUCGAACAUGGUCUGGGAGGCCAGGCUCGAUCAGUCUCAGAAGCCCACGGCGCAGGCGACGCGCGAGCAACGCUUACGGUUCAUCACGUCCAAGUAUGUCGAUCAUGCAUAUGUCGAGCCGAUUUCAUCCACCCUGUCACGGUACGGGACGCCGGAUGAGACGCUUUUGGCCGCCAUCAAGAAGAACGAAAUUCAGCAGGUGCUGUACGCCCUGGCCCUGAGGGCCAAUCCCAACGUCGUGGAUAAGAUGAGAGGGACACAUGCUGUAUUCCUAGCUCUGGCCGCAGCAGACCCAGCCUCUCCUUCGCCAACGGCACCACAUAGCACUGCCGACGCCGACUCCAACAAGGUGGUGCCCUUCCCAGUCGCCGAGAUGCUCACGCAAAACGGAGCAGAGAUUCCGGCGACAAUGCCAGCCUUCCCGCUCGGUCGUCAUGCGCAGCUGUACAUUGACCAGAAGAGGGGCAAGUCUAUCGGUGGUCCCCAGGACGCAGUCCCGACUCUGCCUCCUAAUGUGAGUGCAAAUGAGAGGCUGCAGCGGGAGAAAGACAUACGCCUGGCGAAGCGGGUGAGUGCUGGUGGGAGGCUCGCCAAGUCACCCAUUCCGGAGAGAUAG